AUGAGACGAGGCAGAGACGAGGAGUGUCGGGGUCGCCCGGUCCCGGGAUCGAUUGUUCUCCAAGCGCAGCAUGCCGGCGGUGGCGGUAGCGGCGAUGGUGGUGGCGGUGGUGGAGGCGGUGAUAGUGGUGGUGGCGGCGGCGGAGUCGGGCGGGGCGAGAGGUCGCCCCGAUCGGAUACGCGAAAGGAGGUGCGUACACGUACGCGUUCGAUUCGUAUCGACGGAUCGCCGGAUCGUUGGGGAGAGCACCCGUUUGUGCGUGCGCUCGCAGUGACACCGAGAGCUACCCCUGGCGAGCUGCUCCGAGAGAGGGAGAGAAAAAAGGGGACGAGAGGUCGAGAGAGAAAGAGGGAGAGGGCGGGGGUUGGUUCCUUUGGAAUACGCGCGACUCCGCUGCACACUGACGCUCGAUUCACAUCCCUGUUAACUACUACGGUUCUGUUCCGGAAAUAUAGGGGUUGGAAAUUGAAAAAAAAAGAUGCGCUGUUGAAUCGCGCGGCUAAAUCGACGCAAGUGUGGCGGUCGUUAGAAUCGCGUACGGGUGGCUGCGGUCGCCCAGGUAGUUAGGGGACCACUCGGUGCCGGUUGCUGC